GCCUGGGGGGCUUCUUGGAGGAGGAUGAGGGUGGGGCCUUUAGGGGGCUUCUCGGAGGAGGCAGCGAACCCGGGGCGCGGCGCUGGAAGGAUCCGCGUCCAACGUCUAGUCCCUGAAGCCUCUCGGCAGGCGGGGCGGGCGGCGCCGAGAAACAGCGGCUGCGGGCGGGAGCGGCGGGACUGAGCGACGCGAGCGGGCCGCCACCGCCGAGCAGCCCUCCGGCAGUCUCCGCGUCGGUUCGCCCGCGCGUCCUCCGCGAAUCGGCGGCGGGUCCGGCAGCCGAAUGCAGCCCCGCAGCGAGCGCCCGGCCGGCAGGACGCAGAGCCCGGAGCACGGCAGCCCGGGGCCUGGGCCCGAGGCGCCGCCGCCGCCACCACCGCCGCAGCCGCCGGCCCCCGAGGCAGAGCGCACGCGGCCCCGGCAGGCUCGGCCCGCAGCCCCCAUGGAGGGAGCCGUGCAGCUGCUGAGCCGCGAGGGCCACAGCGUGGCCCACAACUCCAAGCGCCACUACCACGACGCCUUCGUGGCCAUGAGCCGCAUGCGCCAGCGCGGCCUCCUGUGCGACAUCGUCCUGCACGUGGCCGCCAAGGAGAUCCGUGCACACAAAGUGGUGUUGGCUUCCUGCAGCCCGUACUUCCACGCCAUGUUCACAAAUGAGAUGAGCGAGAGCCGCCAGACCCACGUGACGCUGCACGACAUCGACCCCCAGGCCUUGGACCAGCUGGUGCAGUUUGCGUACACGGCUGAGAUCGUGGUGGGCGAGGGCAACGUGCAGACUCUGCUCCCAGCCGCCAGCCUCCUGCAGCUGAAUGGCGUCCGAGACGCCUGCUGCAAGUUCCUGCUGAGUCAGCUCGACCCCUCCAACUGCCUGGGCAUCCGGGGCUUUGCCGAUGCGCACUCCUGCAGCGACCUGCUCAAGGCCGCCCACAGGUACGUGCUGCAGCACUUCGUGGACGUGGCCAAGACCGAAGAGUUUAUGCUGCUGCCCCUGAAACAGGCAUCUUCAGGGCUCCCUGGGCCCACAGGACCCUCCCCAGAUCUCAGGUCUGAGGACCUCCACCCCCAGGUGCUGGAACUGGUCUCUAGUGACAGCCUGAACGUGCCUUCGGAGGAGGAGGUCUAUCGAGCAGUCCUGAGCUGGGUGAAACAUGACGUGGACGCCCGCAGGCAGCAUGUCCCACGGCUCAUGAAGUGUGUGCGGCUGCCUCUACUGAGCCGCGACUUCCUGCUGGGCCACGUGGAUGCUGAGAGCCUGGUGAGGCACCACCCUGACUGCAAGGACCUUCUCAUCGAGGCCCUAAAGUUCCACCUGCUGCCCGAGCAGAGGGGCGUCCUAGGCACCAGCCGCACGCGGCCCCGGCGCUGUGAGGGGGCCGGGCCUGUGCUUUUUGCUGUGGGCGGUGGGAGCCUGUUUGCCAUCCACGGAGACUGUGAGGCCUAUGACACGCGCACCGACCGCUGGCACGUGGUGGCCUCCAUGUCCACGCGCCGGGCCCGGGUGGGAGUGGCUGCGGUGGGGAACCGGCUGUAUGCUGUGGGCGGCUAUGACGGGACCUCAGACUUGGCUACCGUGGAGUCCUACGAUCCCGUGACUAACACGUGGCAGCCGGAGGUGUCCAUGGGCACGAGGCGAAGCUGCCUGGGUGUGGCCGCCUUGCACGGACUCCUGUACUCGGCUGGCGGCUAUGACGGGGCCUCCUGCCUGAACAGGUCCUGGGGCCGGGACGCUUUUCUGUCUCUAUUGAGCUGUGGCGGUCCUGGUGCCCACAGCGCCGAACGCUACGACCCCCUGACCGGAACGUGGACAUCCGUCGCUGCCAUGAGCACCCGGAGGCGCUAUGUGCGAGUGGCCACGCUUGAUGGGAACCUGUAUGCCGUGGGCGGCUACGACAGCUCCUCACACCUGGCCACUGUGGAGAAGUAUGAGCCCCAGGUGAACGCUUGGUCGUCUGUGGCGUCCAUGCUAAGCCGACGCAGCUCAGCAGGUGUGGCCGUGCUGGAGGGUGCCCUGUAUGUGGCAGGGGGCAACGACGGGACUAGCUGCCUCAACUCAGUAGAGAGAUACAGUCCCAAGGCUGGAGCCUGGGAGAGUGUGGCGCCAAUGAACAUCCGCAGGAGCACGCACGACCUGGUGGCCAUGGAUGGAUGGCUGUACGCCGUGGGGGGUAACGAUGGUAGCUCCAGCCUCAAUUCCAUCGAGAAGUACAACCCGAGGACCAACAAGUGGGUGGCCGCGUCCUGCAUGUUCACACGGCGUAGUAGUGUCGGCGUGGCGGUGCUGGAGCUGCUCAACUUCCCGCCGCCAUCCUCGCCCACGCUGUCCGUGUCCUCCACCAGCCUCUGACCCCCCCACCCCCAGAGGCCUGCAGCCUCCCACAUGCCUUAAGGGGGCCGUGGCCCCCACCAGGGACAUCUCGCAUCUUCUGUCCACGUCUCUGCGUCCAUUCCUUCGUGUCUAUAUUUAGUUGUUUAUUUAUUUAGUUAUUUAUCUUAUUUAUUGAGGGGUGAGCAGUGCCGCGGCCGCCCGUCCUCCCCUCCACUGCCUGCAUGGCGGGCAGCCGGGAGUGACCAGGUGGGGGCCUCGCUGCCCCAGGGCCAUUGCCUGCUCAGACCCUGCAGGCCGCAGAACCAGAGGCCCUGGGGGCUUUCCAAGCAGCUGCAGACACCAGCUCGAAUUUUGCACACGGCGGGGUCCCGGGAAGGGUGGGGAGCAGGUGUCCUUCCUGUCGUCGUCUGCUUUGUGCCGUCUUCCCUGGAUCUUGUAGUGGGUGCACACGUGUGCACUCGGGCCCCACACAGCAAUACAAGCCCAAUUUGAACAAUAAACACAUUUCUGGGGCUCCUCA